UUGAGUGAUCAUGGAUUCAUCUGCCUCCAAUAUUAAAUUAAUUUUGCUUUCUCUGCUAUGUCUAAUCAUGUUCAGCUCUGUUCUAUGCAGUUUAAAAGUUCACUGCAAUAAGAAGGACAUGAACACACUCCUACACUUCAGACAAGGAGUUAUAGAUCCGUCAGGCUUGCUGUCCUCAUGGUUCCCUGAGCUAGACUGUUGUCAAUGGAAAGGAGUUAAGUGUGACAAUAUAACAGGUAGAGUUACAGAGCUUAAUCUUUUUUGCCAUACAAAUCAAUCUAAAGUUGCUGCUUUGGAAGAGAUGGACGACAAAUCACAUUGCUUAACAGGUGAACUCAGCUUGACUUUGCUAGAACUUCAAUUCUUGAGCUACUUGGAUUUGAGCAACAAUGACUUUAAAGCUAUCAAGUACAAUUCAAUAAGUAGUCAGAAAUGUGAUGACUUGUCAAGAGAUAACUCCCAUCUAUGUGUCCUUGAUAUGUGUCUCGAUAAGUUACUUCGUGUAAGGAUCUUCUGCAAGAGGUGACAAGCUUGGUUGAUGCGUUAUUCGAGAUGCAUAAAUAAAAAACGCGACUUGUAUGUUCAGGUUUUUAUGAAGUUCUAUAUGAUUUGUGAACCGUUAAUGUUAUAUAUAUAUUAAAUAGAAUAUAUUUGAAGAUGCUUUUAGAAUAGUUAUAUAUGCAA